AUGUGGACGAAGAUCCGGUCAUCGCUCCUGGCCCUCGCGGCGGCCACCCUCGCGCUAGCGGGGCCCAACUGCCCUCCGCUCGGCCCCGUGUACGAGAAGCCGAACAACUUCAACACCAGCUCGGCGAUGAAGGCAGCCCUUGCCAACCUGACGGCUGCGCUGACGGCAUGGGACCAAAACAACUCGUCGGCCGUGCGCGCCGACAUCACCAGCUACAGCAUCGAGGUUUUCAGCACGAGCAAGGACCACCCGGUCAUCUUCAGCUGGCACCACACCGCGCCCAGCAACAGCUCCACCAACAGCACGGCCGUGGGCGUGUCCAAGACGGACGGCGACACGGUGUACCGGCUAGGCAGCCUCAGCAAGAUCUUCACGGUGCUGACGUGGCUGGCGCAGGACGGCGACGCCAAGUGGAACGACCCCAUCACCAAGUACGUGCCGGAGCUGGCGGCGGCGGCGGACGGGCGGGCCAAGCGUGAUCCGGUCGCGAACGUGCCGUGGGACGAGGUCACGAUCGCGGCGCUGGCCGGGCAGCUGUCGGGAGCCAUUCGGGAUUACGGCCUGAUGAGCGAGGUCACGCAGGAGAUGAACCUGACCGAGGCGGUCAGUUUGGGGUUUCCGCCGCUGAACAGCUCCGACCCCAUGCUGCCCAAGUGUGGCGAGUGGCCGCAGUGCAACAGGACCGAGUUCUUUAACGGCCUGCUGCGCGCGUACCCGUCCUUCGCGCCCUUCACCACGCCCGCUUACACCAACACGGGCUUCCAAAUCCUGGCGUACGCGCUCGAGAGCAUCAAGGGCAAGAGCUUCGAGGCCAUGAUGCAGGAGAGCAUCCUCGAGCCGCUGGGGCUGAAGCACACGUACUACCGGAACGCGCCGGCCGAGGAGGGCAUCAUCCCGGGGGGCAACCGCAAGGCCGCCGAGUGGGACUACCAGUUGGGAGACGAAGAUCCUGCCGGCAACAUGUACUCGUCCGUCAGCGACAUCUCGGCGCUCGGGCGGGCGAUCCUUUCGUCGGCGCUGGUGCCGCCCGUGGUGACGCGGCGAUGGCUUAAGCCGGCCGUCAUGUCGUCGGAGCUGAUCGCCGGCGUGGGCUACCCGUGGGGCAUCCGGCGCGUGGUGGUGCCGUACGCCAACGGCAAGCGGGUCGUCGACGCGUUCAACAAGGCCGGCAACAUCGGCUACUACUCGUCGCUGCUGGUGCUGCUGCCGGACUACGACGCCGGCUUCGUCAUCCUGGCCGCCGGCGAGGCCAUCCCCGGCAACAACAACUUCAACCUGGCCGACGUGGUGGGCGCGAGGCUGGUGCCGGCGCUCGAGGCGGCCGCGCGCGAGCAGGCCGACGCCAAGUUCGCGGGCCAGUACAUCGACGAGGAUGCCGGGGCCAACUCGUCGCUGCGGCUGACCACGCAGGCCGACCGGCCCGGGCUCGGCAUCGAGGGAUGGGUCAGCAACGGCACCGAUAUGCAGACCAUCGCCGUCGUGCUGCAGGGCGGCUACGCGCCCGUCAACCCGAGCAUCCGGCUGUACCCGACGGGGCUCGAGACGGCGCGGCCCGACGGCAGCAGGCGGGUCGCCUACAAGGCCGUGUUCGAGGACCUGAACUUGCCGGCGAGGGACCCGGCCACCAGCAUGUUCUCGACCGACUGCGGCACCUGGGUGUCCUUCACGGGCGUCACGUACGGCACGCAGCCGCUGGACCAGUUCGUCUUCGAGAUCGAUGAGACGGGGGCUGUGGUCAGCAUCGAGAAUCUUGCGCUGAGGUCGGUCAUGAAGAAGCGGAGGUAG